AUGCGCUUUGCUCGUUUCAAGCGUGGCCUGUGUCUCAAAACAGUGGAUUCUUGCUUUCAGGACCUUAAGGACAGCAGACUCGUUGAGGAGACCUUCACAGUGGAUGAGGUGACAGACAUGCUGGAUGGACUGCGGACUGUUGUACACAGCGAAGUGGAAUCGGAGCUCAUAAAUACCACUUACACCAACGUUUUACUUCUGCGGCAACUCUUUUCAGAGGCUGAGAAAUGGUACCUCAAGUUACAGACAGACAUCUCUGAAUUGGAGAAUCGAGAAUUGUUGGAACAGGUUGCUGAGUUUGAAAAGUCAGACUUUACAUCUUCAAACAAGAAGCCCAGUGCAGAUCUCAUUAAACCAAAACUGGCUCCAUUAAAUGAAGGUGGUUCAGAGCUGUUAAACAAGACAGUUGCUUGUCUCCAAGAAGAAAAUGAAAAGUUGAAGAACAGGCUCAAGACCCUAGAAACACAGGCUACAGCUGCGUUAGAUGAUAAAUCCAAACUUGAGAAGUCACUGAAGGAUUUACAGAUGCUCCAAGGAGAUCAAAAGGUAAAUAUAAUUAAGAUUUCCCCCACCACCACUUCUGUUUAA